AUGAUGGACAAGCACGAUUCCGGCGUAACCAACGGAACCGACCAGGACCCCGCCGCCCACAAACGACCUGCCGACGCUCUUCUCGGGGACCCGGAAACGACGGCACUGGCGCCGACCCGCACACUGAAAACACAGGGCGGUGUUCGAGUUUAUACUCACCAACCCAGUUCCGGCCUGGAGAAGAAGAGCGUACACAUAGACAGACCGGAAACGACGUCGAGCGAGUUGGACGCGCGUCUGGAGGCAGGCUCGCUAAACAAGACAGCUGAAGAAACGCCUACUGCCAUAAUUGACAUCCCGAAAGAGCGUUUCGACAUCUGCAUACAAACUGCCGACCCCUGUCCGCAGCUGAUUGAGGACAACUCUGCGACCGAGCACGCCACUUCACCGAACGAUGAGCUAGGUCUUCCGGCGUUGUCUGAGCUACCGAACGACAUUCGUGAAGUUUUGGAGGCAGUCAGUUCCACAUUGGAAGAGCUGUCGCAGGCCGUGAAACGCUUGGAAAGCACGCAAAAGGUCAUCCUCAGGCGCGUGAAACGUAAAAGCAGCUACAACCAGUUCUUCCUCGACUGA